AUGCUUUCAAGGGCCAAACCUGCUGUAGGCGGGGACCCACCGCACACUGACAAAAGAAAGAAGAAAGGUAGGAAGAUUCCGAAGCUAGAGGAGCUACUUUCACAAAGAGAUUUCACAGGAGCUAUUACCCUGUUGGAGUUCAAACGUCAUGUUGGGGAACAAGAAGAGGAUACUAAUUUGUGGAUUGGAUACUGUGCUUUUCACCUGGGUGACUACAAGAGAGCUUUGGAGGAAUAUGAAAAUGCAACAAAAGAAGAAAAUUGCAAUCCUGAAGUCUGGGUGAACCUAGCCUGUACCUACUUUUUUCUUGGAAUGUAUAAACAAGCUGAAGCAGCUGGAUUUAAAGCUCCAAAAAGCCGACUUCAAAACCGCCUUCUCUUCCACUUGGCUCACAAGUUUAAUGAUGAGAAGAAAUUGAUGAACUUCCAUCAGAAUCUUCAGGAUAUCACAGAAGAUCAACUCAGUUUGGCCUCAAUCCACUAUAUGCGAUCUCACUACCAAGAAGCUAUUGAUAUUUACAAGCGAAUACUGCUAGAUAACAGGGAAUACCUUGCCCUCAAUGUUUAUGUGGCCCUAUGUUAUUACAAGCUGGAUUACUAUGAUGUGUCUCAAGAAGUCCUGGCUGUUUAUCUUCAGCAAAUUCCUGAUAGCACCAUCGCACUCAAUCUCAAGGCCUGUAACCAUUUUCGCCUUUACAACGGCAAAGCCGCUGAGGCAGAACUCAAAAGCUUGAUGGACAAUGCUUCUUCUUCCUUUGAAUUUGCUAAAGAGCUCAUCAGGCACAAUCUGGUAGUUUUCCGAGGAGGAGAAGGGGCUUUGCAGGUUUUGCCUCCCCUGGUUGAUGUCAUUCCUGAAGCUAGGCUAAACUUAGUGAUUUACUAUCUUCGUCAAGAUGAUGUACAAGAAGCUUAUAACUUAAUUAAGGAUCUGGAACCUACUACUCCUCAGGAGUACAUCCUCAAAGGAGUGGUCAAUGCAGCCCUUGGCCAGGAAAUGUGUUCAAGGGAUCAUAUGAAAAUUGCCCAGCAGUUCUUCCAGUUGGUGGGAGGAUCAGCUAGCGAAUGUGAUACAAUACCAGGAAGGCAGUGCAUGGCUUCCUGUUUCUUCCUGCUUAAGCAAUUUGAUGAUGUCUUGAUUUACCUCAACUCAUUUAAGAGUUACUUCUAUAAUGAUGACAUCUUUAACUUUAAUUAUGCCCAAGCCAAAGCUGCAACUGGCAAUACCAGUGAGGGUGAAGAGGUUUUCCUUUUAAUUCAAAGUGAGAAGAUGAAAAAUGACUACAUUUACCUCAGUUGGUUAGCUCGGUGCUACAUUAUGAAUAAGAAGCCAAGACUAGCCUGGGAGCUUUAUCUCAAGAUGGAAACCUCUGGCGAGUCCUUUAGCCUCCUACAGCUCAUUGCUAAUGACUGCUACAAGAUGGGCCAGUUUUACUAUUCAGCCAAAGCAUUUGAUGUCUUAGAGAGGCUGGACCCCAACCCUGAAUACUGGGAAGGCAAGCGGGGUGCCUGUGUGGGCAUAUUCCAGAUGAUCUUGGCUGGGAGGGAACCCAAAGAGACCCUUCGAGAAGUACUCCACUUACUGAGAAGCACGGGUAACACGCAAGUCGAGUACAUCAUCCGGAUCAUGAAGAAAUGGGCCAAAGAAAACAGAGUGCCUAUCUAA